AUGCCGACAGAUGGUUUGUAUGAAGUGCAUCCCCGACAAGCUUCAGAUCUUGAUUGGUUUGAGUGCAACAUGGCUGAGCUGUUUGAUUUAGACCCCACCUAUGUGACACCAGUCAUACCUCCAGAGUUUGAAGUUUACGAGUCCCAUCGACGACCAUCUGUUCUCUUUUCCCCCGAGGCACCUAUCGACUUUGACAUUGAGUCUACUCCACUGCAAGACAAGAUCAUAGACUCUUCUCACAAGUCCUUAUACUCUGAACCCCGACACAGCUCGCGCCGCAAGACACGUUCUGAGGAUGGGAGAUGGAAUCCAAAGGACAAAACUGAACAACCAAGCCCGCCGCCACGUGACCCAAAUGCCUAUGAGUCGGUCCCUGUAGUGGAACCUGUCUACAAGAACCCGAGCUCAGCAGUAAAAUUGCGUGAACGUGACUGGGAACGCCUUCGCAAGCACUUUGCUUGGCUACCCAAGCUGGUUAUUCAGAAAACAUUUGACUCCCUCAAUGUCAACCGCGGUAGUGAAGGAGUUGCUACAGAUACUGUCUAUGCAGACACACCCAACAUUGAACAUGAUCAUGUAGCUGCACAAUUCUAUGUGGGGAUCUCCUCUCUUGUCAGUGACGUAUAUGGUGUCAAUACUGAUGCACAAUUCCUUCAGACACUCCAAGAUAAUGUACAAAAACGAGGAGCACCCAACAAACUUGUGAGCAAUCGUGCGCAGGCUGAGGUUUCCAAGGCAGUGAAGGACUACCUCCAAUGGCUCUGCAUUGAUGAUUGGCAGAGUGAACCACAUCGUCAGAACCAGAACCCGGCUGAACGAAGGUACCAAGACAUCAAGCGACUGGCCAACAGGAUUCUAGAUCGAACUGGAGCACCUCCAAGCCUUUGGCUUUUGGCACUUUGUUACGCUUCUUUUGUCUACAACCACACUGCUGUGCAGAGCUUAGGAUGGCUGACUCCCAUCCAAGUGCUCACUGGCAUUACUCCAGACAUAAGUGUUCUUCUCCGCUUUGCAUUUUACGAGAAGGUAUACUAUAAAACGGAGGAACCCAGCUUCCCUUCUGAUUUGCCUGAAUCCAUUGGUUAUAUGGUAGGCAUCGCCGAGCAUGUUGGUCAUGCAAUGACAUACAAGAUCCUCAACCCGGAGACAAACAAAAUCCUGUUUCGGUCUGAGAUCCGCUCUGCAGCCUCACCCAAUGACCCCAACAAACGUCUUGAUCCAUCUGAUGGGGAGGAGUUGACAUCCCCUACAGUAAUCAAAUCCAAAUCAGACAAUGUCAAAUCUGUUGUUUACUCUAGUGAUGAUGAGUCAGAUAAAAAGGACGUUGUUGUCAAGAACAAAGAUCUCAUUGGUCGUACCUUUCUCAUGCAACCCAACGAAGAAGGACAUGUACAUCGUGCCAAGAUCGUGGAACUCAUCGAUAAGCACGAUGACAAGACAACCAACAACCCAGCACAUCUCAAAUUCCGUGUCAGCAUCAACAAUGACCAGUAUGAAGAUGUGAUGGCCUACAAUGAGAUUUUGGAGAGACUGGAAGCUGAUGAAGAUAAUCCAAUUGUUUGGAAGUUCAAGCGAAUUGUGUCACAUCAAGGACCACUUCGACCUGAUCAUCCAUCAUAUAUGGGUUCCACUUACAAUGUAACAAUGGAAUGGGAGAAUGGGGAGAUAACCCCAGAACCACUGAGUAUCAUUGGAGCCGAUGACCCAGUGGCUUGUGCAAUCUACGCAAGGGAUAACAACCUACUCGAUACCCCUGGUUGGAAGCGUUUUAAAAAUAGAAAAAGAAAACACGAAAAACGAAAAGCACCGAACCGAUCGGAACUUGCAAACGGUCUUCGUAGUCUAAGUACCAGAGUCUACGUAGAACUUGCUGAAGUUUUUAUCAAUUCAACGGCAUUUCACUGUUUUACAAUGGGGAAGUCUACAUCACUGAAGGUUGUCUCAACGACUGCCAACAAGGCGGGCGGGUCCACACCCAAAUCGGUUUCUGUCGCCAAAAAGAGCGGAAAGAAAAGAUUGGAAAAUGCAUCUGCAGUUGAUUUACGUCAACCUAAGGACAGGGAUCCUACUGUCAACAAUGAUUCGGAGAUUCGAGAGCUGAUCGCAUCUCUCCCACCACUGAUCGACUUUGGGUUAUCUACUCACGAAUUGAUUGCUAUCGGGUACGACUAUAAUUCAACUAAGAUUUCGUUUGGUAACUCCAUUUACAAUCAAUGGAUGAUCGGUGGACCCAAGCGCUCCCAAGGUUUGACAGCCCGUUCAAGGACCUCUACGCUAAUUAUUCAGUUGAAGUAA